GGGUUAAGGCCGUGUGUAGAGAAGGGACCGUCCCCAGCCAAGAAUCAUCGUGUUGCUGCUGUAGGAUCUUUGGCUGCUGCUGCUCGUACACCGCUGUUUCCCUGCCGAUUGCUCAGCACGAUCACAGGAACCCCCGGCCUGGUGUAAAUGGAAAUGCUGCUUCCGCUCUUGCUGCUCUGCUCGGCGUUCGGCUCCACACAGCCUGCAGUCUAUUUCACUGAACAGUUUAAGGACGGAGAUGCCUGGGAGAGCCGAUGGAUUGAAUCCAAACAUAAAUCGGACUACGGUAAAUUCAAAUUGACAGCUGGAAAAUUUUAUGGGGAUUCAGAAGAAAAUAAAGGUAUUCAGACCAGUCAAGAUGCUAAAUUUUAUGCUAGGUCUGCAAAAUUUCAACCAUUUAGCAAUGAGGGGAAAACCCUUAUCUUACAGUUCACGGUGAAACACGAGCAGAAGAUUGACUGCGGUGGAGGUUACAUUAAGCUUUUUCCAGCAGAUGUGGAUCAGGAAGCCAUUCAUGGAGAAACUGAAUACUAUGUCAUGUUUGGUCCUGAUAUCUGUGGAUAUAUAACAAAGAAAGUACAUGUAAUUUUGAACUACAAGAGCAAAAAUCAUCUCAUCAAGAAGGAGAUUACAUGCAAGGACGAUGAGUUAACCCACCUCUAUACAUUAAUCCUCAAACCUGAUCAGACGUAUGAAGUUAAAAUUGACAAUGAAAAGGUGGAGUCAGGUACUUUAGAGGAAGACUGGGAUUUCCUGCCAGCAAAGAAGAUCAAAGAUCCUGAAGCUAAGAAACCAGAGGACUGGGAUGACAGAGAGACAAUAGAUGAUGAAAAUGAUAAAAAGCCAGAGGAUUGGGAUAAGCCAGAGAAUAUACCUGAUCCGGAGGCUCAAAAGCCAGAAGACUGGGAUGAGGAAAUGGAUGGUGAGUGGGAGCCUCCAAUGAUCCCCAACCAAGAAUACAAGGGUGAAUGGAAACCAGGACAAUUAAAAAAUCCCGACUUCAAAGGUGCCUGGGUUCAUCCAGAGAUCGACAACCCCGAAUAUGCUCCUGAUGACAACAUGUAUAAAUUUCAAAACAUUGGUGUGAUUGGCUUGGACUUGUGGCAGGUAAAAUCAGGAACGAUUUUCGAUAACUUUCUGAUUACUGAUGAUGAAAAGUAUGCAGAAGAGUUUGGCAAUGAGACCUGGCAAAAGACCAAGGACUCUGAGGAGAAAAUGAAGAAAAGCCAGGAUGAAGAAGAAAUGAAACGCCAUGCUGAGGAGGAGAAAAAGAAUGAUGGUGAGGAAGAGGAGGAUAAAGAAAGCAAAGAUGAGGAGGUAGAAGAAGAAGAAGAAGAAGAAGAAGAAGUAGAAGAAGAAGAACAAGACAAUGAAUCAGAAGAUAAAACUCUGAAAAAAGAUGAAUUGUGAGAUCAACGUACAUCCAGACCUCCCUAGUCAUCACUUUUUUUCCCCCCUACAAUUUAACCUUUUCAACAGUGCAUUCCCAUACAAAAUUUCAAACUGAAAUGUUUCCUGCAGUUUAAAAGCUUCUUUGUUACAUUCUUGAAACUACCAGCCAUUAUACUACAGAAUUGUCUUGUCUUAGAACAACUUCAACACAAUAUAAUUGUGUUGUUGGUGCCCUGGGAGAUUCCAAAUAGAAAACUGAGCCCUCUGUUUGAGAAUCACAACUACUUUUUAUGCCAUCGUAUUUAAUGAAACCUUGAAUUGGUUACAGUUUAACCUGCUGAUAUACAUGGUCUAAACAUGUGCAACUGUGGCUGCGAUUUGGCUUGGUGGGUGUUCCUUAUUAUUUCCCAAGCAUUCCCCAUCCUCCUCCUUUGACCCUGUCCAUCCAUCAUUUAAAAUAAAACAUCCCAGCAUCUAAGGUUUCAUUUGGUUGGGGAAAACCAAACUUUUCAUCCUGUAGCCAUCAAAAUUGCAGACCAGAAGAAUCUCCACAGCAGAUAGUUUGUGUUGCUACUAUGGGUGGGGAGAAUGUUCUGCAACAUUUAAAACAUUAUUUUUUCCAGUGCUGCUGCAUGUCUUGUCAGACAUGGUGAAUGUAUCACCUUGAAUUAAACAGUCUGUGCUUGACCCAAUAGAUUGGAACAUUAAUGCUGUCUCGCUUCCAAAGACCAAGGGUGAAACAGUGACCUUUUUUUUUAAAUAAGGUGUGACUAACCAAUAUUGUCAAUGACAUUAUGUGGUGUGUAAAAAAUGACCUUUUAAUCAAAAAGUUUAGUUGUACGUAAAGGAUACUGGAAACCAAAAUCAAGAAGAGAUUUUUAUUGGAUUGAUUCAGAAAAUCAGGAGUAUGUUUCAUUUUAAUGAGAACUGAUGAAUAAAUAAACCAUCACAUCUGAACUGCAUUUAACAUCAGUGCCUGAUGAUACAUCCUACUGUCAAAAUAUUGUCAGGACUUGGUGUAAAUAAUUGCAAUCUGAGGUCCCCUCUUUAUUUAGUUGAGGCCUUUUAAUUUGGUACAUUUUUAUAUUGAAAAAUGAAGUUUGUCUUUAAAUGAUUUUGUAGAAUCUGAAUGUAUUUCCAGAGAGACAGUUCAUUUUAAUAAACCUGUACAAAAAUGGG